AUGUGUAUUCACUACAGAAGUAUCAUUGAUGAUGGGCGUCUCAAAGAUAUCCUGUUAGUCGCAUGGAGCGCACAGGGCGAGAAAGGAGCUCAAGAGCCCGAGACCCGAGUGGUGGGUGGCCGAGACGCACCCGAAGGGCUUGUGCCACACCAAGUCGCUCUAAAAACAAAAAGUAACUGGACUUUCUGUGGCGCUGCUGUCAUCUCCGACAGAUGGAUACUGACAGCUGCCCAUUGUGUCAAAAGUCGCCAACCAUCAGAGUUUACCGCUGUAGUUGGUACAUUAUCGAGAACGAGAGGUGGUACAUCGUAUGAAAUAAGCAAAGUCAUUGCUCACAAAGAACAUAACAAGCCAAACAAAUUUGACAAUGAUAUUGCUGUUAUAAGUACGAAAGAGGCCAUUGAAUUCAAUAAAAAAGUUCAGCCCCUGCCAUUACCCACAAAGGAUAUCACGGCUGGAUUGUCGUGUAUAGUGAGCGGCUGGGGUCAACUUAGCGCUGGUUGGUCCUCGCCUGACAAAUUGCAGUAUCUGUAUGUAAACACUUUAACUAGCGACCAGUGCAAUAAGAAGUUAAAUAAAAAGGAUGGAGUCAUUAUUGGUUCCAGCCAAAUGUGUACCCUUAACGUACGUGAAGAAGGAAUAUGCCAAGGUGAUUCAGGCGGCAGCUUAGUGUGCAACGGCACCUCAGCCGGUAUCGUGUCCUUCAACUGGCCCUGCGCUGAAAAUAUACCUGAUGUGUACACUAACACGUACAGGUAUAUAUCUUGGAUAGAAGAAAAUACUAAAUCACCCUAAGCAUUAUCAAUUAUAAAUUGUUAUAAAUGCCGUUCUAAAAAAUA